CUGUAAUAUGUCCAAGGAUUUGGGAGAGAUCUUCCAUGUCCCUUCCACGGCUGCAUCCUGUGCAGUGGAUCACAUUCAUGACGGCAGUAGAGGCGGAGUUUAGAGUCAAAGGUUUUCACAGAAUUUGGAUUAUUGAACCCAAAAACUGCGAACAAAUGCUGCGCUAGCCGUUAGCAACAUUGUUUCAGCAACAAAACAGAAAAAUGUCCCGUUUUCUGAGGCAUUUCACAGCGGUGGGUGAUGAGCAAAACAGCGCCACACAGGGGCACGACGAGGAACUGCACGAUGCCAGUGAAGACCUGGAGCUGGCCACAGGACAGCACCUGGGACAGGUCAGCUUCAGGGACUCCCUACGCCGCCUCUACAGUACAGAGAGGUUCCAGAUUGUUGUUGUUUGCUUGGUCGUCUUGGAUGCCAUUUUCGUUCUGUGUGAGUUGCUUAUUGACUUGUCUAUCAUUCAAGCAGAUCAUCACAGAAUCGCUCCGCAGGUAUUCCACUAUCUCAGCCUCGCCCUUCUCACAUUCUUCAUGGUGGAACUGUCUGGAAAAAUCUAUGCGUAUCGUCUAGAAUUCCUCCACCAUAAAUUUGAGGUGUUUGAUGGGAUUGUGGUGGUGGUAUCCUUCAUCCUGGAUAUUGUAUAUAUCUCAAAGGAAGAUGCAUUUGAUGCCAUGGGGCUUCUGAUCUUGCUCAGGUUGUGGAGAGUGGCCAGGAUCAUAAAUGGUAUCAUUGUGUCUGUGAAAAAUCGUGCCCAUCACAAAGUUAAGAAAAUAAAGGAGAUCAAUGAAAACCUUGUUCAUCAAGUCAAUGAACUUAAAGAGCGGAACACAAAAAUGGAUCAAGAAAAUGCAAGGCUUCGUGCAAUCUUAAAACAGCACUGCAUUGAAUUUUGAUGCUCCAAGGCUAUUCAUUAAACACAUCACAGCAUGAGACUGAGCUUAAGACUAAUCAUGUCUAUUCAUUCUAUAUGAAAUGUGAAGAAGGUCAUGUUACAUUGUUUAUUACACA